UCCUGAAGCCCAUCAGUGCUGCUAACGAAAACUGAGCGGAGCAAUUAAGAGCCCAGGGAAUCUGCUGAAGAAGAGAGGACAGAGUUUCUGUUCGGAGAUGAAGUUUCCUGUGUUUGUUUGCUUUCUGUGGAGUCUCCUGAGUGUAGCAGGGGGGGAAAUGUACACGUCGCUGCAGAACGUAAAGCAGGCAAUCAGUGUUGAACGGAAGCUGAUCGAUUACCUGAGAACUUACAUUGACCACGAGCUGGAGAGGCUGGAGGACAUCAAACGUUUUUAUGCCAAAGUGUCUGACCUGCACAAAGAUCUUUACAAAGGCCCAGCGACUGCAAUGGUCAACCCUCUGGUGGCUUUCACCCUGAUCAAACGCCUUCAUUCAGAGUGGCUGAACGUGGUCUACAGCAACGAAGCCCCCGAGAACCUGCAAGCCCUCAGGUCCAGUUACGAGGAGGAAGAGGCUGAUCUACCCAAAGUGGAAGAUCUCCAGGGGGCCGCUAAGGGGCUGAUGAGGCUGCAGGAUGUGUAUGCUCUGCAAGUUUCCAGCCUCGUAAGGGGUCGCUUCCAGAGAGUCACUAAUGGCGAGCCUUUUGAUGUCUACAUGCCUGCAGUGUCUGUCCCGCUGUCUGGUGAUGACUGCUUUCUGGUUGGGAAGGUGGCCUAUGAACAAGAAGACUAUUAUCACUCGGUGCAGUGGCUGGAGGAGUCUGUGCGCCUUUUCAGGGGAGCAGGCGGGGAGUGGAGCCCCGAGAAUGAAGGGACUUUGGAGGACGCUCUGGAUCACCUUGCCUUCUCUCACUUUAAAACAGGAAACGUCUCCUACGCUCUGAGUCUGUCUCAGGAGUUACUGCAUCACAAUCCGAUGAAUGGAAGAGUUCUGCAGAACGUUGAGAAAUAUGAGAAGCUGCUGGUGGCUGCUGGUCCACCCAGAGGCAAUGGGUUGAGGAGACCCUCUUCUAGGUAUUUAAGGACCAGGGACACUUACGAGAGACUCUGCCAGAUUCAAGGCUCUCAGCGCACGCAUUUUGCAAAUCCCCAACUUUUCUGCGACUACUUCGCCAACGACAAUCCUGCGCUGAUGUUGAUGCCCGCGAGACGUGAGGUGCUGAGCCUGCAGCCGUAUGUGGUCCUUUACCACAACUUCAUCACUGACGCAGAGGCUGAAGACGUCAAGCGGCUCGCCCAGCCAGGACUGAGGAGAUCUGUAGUGGCAGCUGGAGAGAAACAAGCAACAGCAGACUAUCGGAUCAGCAAGAGUGCAUGGUUGAAGGGCUCAUCACAGUCUAUUGUUGGGAAGUUGGACCAGAGGAUCUCACUGCUCACAGGUCUAAACGUGAAGCAUCCAUCCGGCGAGUACCUCCAAGUGGUGAAUUACGGGAUUGGGGGCCACUAUGAACCUCAUUUUGAUCAUGCUACUUCACCUUCAAGUCCUGUGUUCAAGCUGAAAACUGGGAAUCGGGUGGCAACUUUUAUGAUAUAUCUCAGCCCCGUUGAGGCAGGUGGGUCCACAGCGUUCAUUUACGCCAACUUCAGUGUUCCUGUUGUGGAGAAAGCUGCUAUCUUCUGGUGGAACCUGCGCAGAAAUGGUGACGGAGAUGACGACACUCUGCAUGCUGGCUGCCCCGUACUUAUUGGGGACAAAUGGGUGGCAAACAAAUGGAUCCAUGAGUAUGGUCAAGAGUUCCAACAUCGCUGCAGCCUGAAUCCUGAAGAGUGAGUGGGUGGAGCCAUUGUUGGGCCCCUUUGGAGUGCAAGCCUUUACAAUGUUGAGGCACAUUUGCAGGCAGAGCAAAGAAGGCAAUGAGAAAGUUGAUGCACAAGCAAGGGAGGUGAGAGCCAUAAAGGGGAAGCUUGCAUCUGCGAUCGCAGCCCCAGGGAUCCUGAAGCAUACAGCUGCUGCAGUGGACAUGGACGAGGAGGAGGAGCAGGGCAUCUGGCAGUCAGCCCCCCCAAAAGUCGAAAAGCUCUUUCUGGCCAGUUCUUGCAGACAGGGGCCUCUGCCUUCACACACUGUGCUGGCUUUAAUACACUGUGCAAGGCUGUUUACCUCCUGCCAGCUUUAAUUUUAUGCAGCCCCUGUUCCUACACUGGCCACACUCACAGAUCUCCUAUUACAAGCCAAUAUAUGAUUAUCGUAUUUUUUUUAAAUAUGUAAAUACCAAAUUAGCAAAGAUAUUUAGUAUCUCAGAAGGAAUCAGAAGAAAUCUAAAAAUAUCCAUUAAGUUUAAAGGUGUUGAAGAACAGAUAUCUCUUCAGGAGAUACAGAACAGUGUUCGUUAGGGUUGAGGACAAAAUCUGGUUAAAAUCUGAGUCAUCAGAGAUUAAUGUCAUCAGGCUUGAGCUUCAGACUGGUGCCAGUGUAUCAAAGGAACCAGUCAUUGUGAAUGUGCCUGUGUAUUCCCAGCUGACUGAACAAUGCGGUCAUUGCUGUCUGUGGGAGACUCUUUGAAUUUGGUUUGAUUUAACUGUCUCAUGGAACAAAUGAACCAGCGAGGGGAGAGAGCUCAGCUACAGAUUCUGGUCUUCAUUAAUCUUGGAGCCUGUGUAAGCUCGCACAGGCGAUCCUGUGUGCAUACCACUCAGACGUGAGUGUCUAAGUAGGUCAUAACCCAUCGCAAAACAGAGUGAGGUGGGUCAUGCACAGUGCUGAAAUUCACUAUAAGAAAAACAUCAGGCCUGGAUGUAUGUGACAGUUUGGAGACAUCCUACUGCUUGAGUGGCAGGAAUCGCUCAGUAACACCUUUGCUCACAACAGUCCAAGUAUAUCAGCGAGCCUGUUUCACAUUCCUGCAUGCACAGUAAAGAGCAGGAUUAUUUUCCCAGGGAGAUGAUGGAUAGAGCGACUCUGCUGCUCUGAAGCUCUUUUCCAACUGUUUUGUUGCACCUAUGAAAUUACAACAGCAGGUAAAUGAAAAAACUUUGUUACGUGUAAUUGACAUGAAACACUCAAAGUGUAACAAUCUUAGAAACCAAGUUUAUUUAAAGAAUGACCAAAUACUGCUGUAUUGAUAAAAACACUGUAGCUACUAGUCAGAUUAGAUAUUUGGAUUCCUUUUAUCACCUAUGAAAACCAUAUUUCUUUCCUAAUUGAAUUAAAGGUUCUUUUUGUUCAGUCAAGCAAAAUGAACUCAUAAAUCAGAGUGAUUUAAAGUAAUCCUUUUACUACUCUAUUUUAACAUAAAUCAUAGUGUUUUUUUGGAAGUAAAGCAGCUUUGAUCUGCAGAUAUUCGUACAUUCUCACUGGUCCCUCACUGUUUCCACAGCAAAUACGGCUGCAGAGGGACUUCUGCUCUGCAAGCAUAAAGUCCAAAGUAUUUAAGCACGCAUAACUGGAGGUCAUAACAUCAGGUCAUGAAUAGAUCUUCCUCGGCACAUUGUCAGGAGCACACAGGAAUUCUGCGCCUCAUAACACAAACCCUUUUGGACCUUUUAUUUAUCUUUCUAACUUAAGAACCAGCUGAUUGCUUUUCAAAGAGUCAGUGAGUUUGCACAAAAAAAAAAAAAAAAAUGCAGAUCAGCUGAGCAGUAAAAGUAAAUCACAGGUUUUUUUGAACUCAGGUUCAAAAAAUAGAAAAAACUCAUUACAGGCUGGUGUUAGUGAGAGGCUUUGUAUCAGCGACUCAGAGAGCAGGGCUUCCCUCUGCUGGUAGACAGCUGAGUGGCAUUAAUGUAAUGUUUGUGUUUUGUCCACUUUAUUGAAAUUUCUAUGGUGGUGUUAUUAAAUGUAAGGUUUUGCAAUAAUUUAUAUUGCAUAUUUUAUUUUUAAGUAAAAUUAAUUUCAUGCUUUUUUAAAAAAAAUCUGCUGUCACACAGUGGAAUAUUUAAUUUGAAAACAUUUUUGGAUGCAUUGUUGAAAUUGUACUUGUGCAUUUUUUUUUGUUUGUUUUUUACAGCAUUUAUUUUAAAUGAGUAUUGGACAUUGGGUACAAGAUAAACACUUUAGUGCCAGUAAAAUAAAAUUAUUGCAAGUAAAGUUUUCCUAUUUAUGUAGCACGUAAAUCAUGAUAGGCAUUUCACACAGUUUAACAUGUCCUCGUUUCAAUGCAAAGCUUGAGAUGCAAAAAAUAAAAGUUUACAACUAGUUAACUAGCAACUAGUUAAAUGUUACUUACACACUGUAUUAAAAACCUCAAACUUGAGAUGCAUAUUGUACACUGUUAAUUAAUUUUGUAUGCAGCACAACACAGUGUAAAUGUCAAGCAGACCUUGAUGAUGGUCAUGUUCAGUUCAGCUGUCAAUUGUGUAGUCAUUUGUGAGGCUGCAUUUGGGGUAUUGCUGAAUUGUGUCGUUUUUCCACAUCAAUUAUUUAA